GAAGAUGUCUAUUUACUGCGUUUGUGCAGAAUAGCCAGUUGGGUCAUUAUUAUUAUUAUUACUACUAGUAGCGUUACAAAAGCAUAAUUAAAUCUAGGCAAGUUAAAAAAAAAGGUUGUUAUUGUGUCUGUAUCUGAAAUGGUUAACUAUUUUCGGCUUUAAAGCUUGCUUUACGGAAUGAGAACAUCUCUUCAUAGUCUCCUCCUUUUUGUGUUCACUUUCCUACAAACAAAUCUCAAAUUUAACUUGUGCACAUCAAGAGCUGCCGCUAUGAUGAAAUCAGAGGAGAUUAAAAAUGAGAACGUACCCAUGAAGAUCUCCAGUGGUCAAGAGAUCUCAUCUGGAAUUCAUGACAUUAACACCACGUGCAGAGAAACGAAGCCAGAAACGUACCAGUGCUCUCACUGUGGGAAGAGUUUUAGUGAUCUGGGAAUUCUUGAAACACACCAUUGUGUUCACACAGGAGAGAAGCCUUAUUACUGCACAGAGUGUGGGAAGAGUUUUGCCAGAGCGAACAACCUCCAACAACAUCAGCGCAUUCACACAGGAGAGAAGCCGUAUCACUGCUCAGAAUGUGGAAAAAGCUUUAGAGAUAAAGGAAGUUUCAAAACACAUCAGCGUAUUCAUACAGGAGAGAAGCCGUAUUGCUGUUUGGAAUGUGGGAAGACUUUUAGACAACACAGUCAUCUCCGACUACACCGACGCGCUCAUACAGGAGAGAAGCCGUAUCACUGCUCACAGUGUGGGAAGAAUUUUACUGAGAAAGGAACGUUUGUGAAACACCAGCUCGUUCACACAGGAGAGAAGCCUUAUCAAUGUUUACAGUGCAGGAAGAAUUUUACUGAUCGAGGAAAUUUUGUCAAACACCAGCGCAUUCACACAGGAGAAAGGCCAUAUUACUGCUCACAGUGCGGGAAAAGUUUUAGUGAUGCAGGAAAUCUCAAAAAACACCAGCACAUCCACACAGAAGAAAAGCCAUAUCACUGCUCAAAUUGUGGGAAGAAUUUUACCCGAGAGGACACCCUCCAACAACACCAGCGCAUUCACACAGGAGAGAAGCCGUAUCGCUGCUCACAGUGUGGAAAAAGUUUUAGUUAUGCAGCAACACUCCAAACGCACCAGCGUAUCCACACAGGCGAGAAGCCGUAUUACUGCCCGCAGUGUGGAAAAAGUUUUAGUUAUGCAGCAACACUCCAAACACACCAGCGCAACCACACUGGGGAGAAACCUUAUCAGUGUUUACAAUGCGGAAAGAGUUUUACUGACAGUAGAACCUUUGUGAAACACCAGCGCAUUCAUACAGGAGAGAAGCCUUAUUACUGCUCUCAUUGUGGGAAGAGUUUUACCCGAGAGGACACCCUUCGACAACACCAGCUCAUUCACACAGGAGAGAAGCCAUAUCUCUGCUCAGAAUGUGGAAAAAGCUUCAGAGAUAGAGGAGGUUUCAAAGCACACCAGCACAUUCACACAGGGGAGAAGCCGUAUCACUGCUCAGAGUGUGGGAAAAGUUUUUGUUAUGCAGGCACAUUCAAAAGACACCAGCGCAUCCACACAGGAGAGAAACCAUAUCAGUGUUUACAGUGCGGGAAGAGUUUUACGGAUAGCGGAACACUUGUGAAACACCAACACAUUCACACAGGAGAGAAGCCCUAUUACUGUUCAGAGUGCGGAACGAGUUUUAAGCGAGACGAUAAUCUCCAAAGACAUCGACGUGUUCAUUCAGCAGAAAAGCUGUAUAUUUGCUCUCAGUGUGGAAAAAGCUUUAGGGAUAGAGGAACUCUGAAAUCACACCAGCACAUUCACACAGGAGAGAAGCCGUAUCACUGUUCACAGUGUGGACAGAGCUUCACUUACUUAAGGGUAUUUAAGAAACACGAGUGCAUUAUAGCGGAGCUGUCAGUGUGUCACAUAUGAAUUUGUGAGGUCAAGAAAUAGAAUCAUUAUUAUUAUUAGGGGUGUAAUGAUGCGCUCCAGUCACAAUUUGUUUUGAUUCAUGAUAAGGGUUUCAUGAUUUGAUUCAAACUGAUUGUCAGUUAUUUUGAACAGAAUUGAAUGAAGAAAAAAUGACUGCAAAGACUCCUUUUUAUUUUUGAAUCAUAAACAAUGCAAAACAAUGUGCACUUUUGUCUGUAAAAUGAAAACAAAUUAACAGAGGCGUGCUUCUAACAGAGGCUUUAAUACCAUAAACAGAAUGUACUACAGUUUCACUGUAGCUGAAAAAUAAAUAAAUACAUUCAGUGGUGGCUGGUGGUAUUUUUUUGGUGGGGAGGAUAGUGAGUAAUGUCAC